UCCCAACAGCAUUUCAUACUCUCUCCAGUCUCCUCCUCUUUCCACCAUCUAAAACAGACAACUUCCAAGCUUCAAGCUUAUUCAACCUCUACCACCUUCAAGAUGCAGCCUACCGUUCUCCUCAUGGGCCUUUUCGCCGCCUUCGCUGUCGCCGCUCCCACUGCCCCCGGCUCUAGCACUGACGUUGCCUACAACUCCAACUCCGGCAACACCCAGGACAACAGCAACGAGGUCGAGCAGACCCAGACCCUCCCUAUCAGCGUCGCCCACGACGGUAUCUUGAACAACAACGACAUCGUCAAGAACGUCGACGUGACUGCCCUCAAUGACGUCGCGAACGACCUCACCGCCGCUGUCGGCGUUCUGGGAUCCGCCUCUGCUUAAGGCAGCGAUCAUUGACUCCGGUCAGAGCCCCGGCCUUCGAGCCUUUUGUGAAGGAGACUGGCAAUGGUGGGAAGGAGUGAAGGCGGAUUUGGCUUGAAUCGUCUUGUACUUAGACAUUUUCUCUUCUGAGGUUGAUAAUAAUUUAAUCGAGACGUGUUUAUACACCUGAA